UCCUCAAUCUCUCUCUCUCCUCAGUCCUCGUCAGUCCUCACUUCUUUAGGGCAUUCUUGAGCUCAUAACUCUCUCUCUCUCUCUGUCUCUCGCUCUCUCGCUGUGCAGAUAUUUUCUUCCUCCAGGACACUUUGGAUUUUCCUUUCGGUCUCAGCCAUCAAAGCCAAUCCCAUAGCCCCCCCACUUGAAAAGACAGAGACACCCGUCUUGUGCUGCCUCCUCCCUCUUCUUCUUCUUCUUCUUCUUCAUCACCCGCCAAAGCUUUGAGCUCAAGAAUUCUUGUUGUUGUUGUUGUUGGUGUUGAUGGUGAGGAUGAUGGUGGUGCCCGUCUGAGCUCAGAGGUCCGGCCAUGGCGGGUCAUGGAUAAGCAACGGAGUCCUCCUACGGUGGCUUCAACACCGUAACUAAUCCGGCUGUUCUUGGUGUCUGCCAUUUUUAGGGCCAGCCAGAGCUUCAACAAGAAAAGGGUCAUCUACAAAAGCUCAGAUCAACGGAGCCGUACAAGAAUUGACUGGCGUUUCGGCUUGCCCAUUGAGCUUUGAAUCUGUAAAAAGAGAAAGAGGAAAUUUUUGAAAGCUCCGGAUCAAGUGCUGAAGGCUGAGGCUCCCUUCUGAGACCAUCUCAGGCUUUGCUUUUGAAAGAGGCGCACACUGCAAAAAAAACUGCAAAAACAGUGAUAGAGAGAGAAGAGGAGAAGCUGCUCUAUUGUUAUUGACCUCUCUCUCUCUUCUCACACAUUCACACAGACAUCCCUGACUUGGACUUUGAUACAUCGAAGGCGUAAAACAGGCUCUUUUUAUCACUACACAGCCAAAGUACUCUCUGUAUUAUCGUCAUCAAUGCGUAGGACAUUGCAACCCCACCUGCACUCUCACCACCACCACCACCACCACACCCACCAAAAUCCCUCCUUUUCACUUCCAAGUUCAACCCACCACUUCUCUCUCUGAGACCCACUUCCUCAAAUUCAAACCCCUUCCUCCUCCUCUCUCUAGAACAAGCAUAAAUUCGACUAAGAAGCAAGAGGGUCUCAUCAAGUUCUCAGUCUUGCUGUUUUAAGGCAUGAAAGUGGCAUGGAGGUGGAGAAGAUCCAUACACAAGCCUGUAAAUUCCCAAGGGUAGGAAAUGGAACCAGCAGGAACAUCGAUUCGGCCAAGAUUGGGCCAAAAAUCGGUGACCACCAGUAUCCAGAUGACGAGGAAGAUGGGGGAAAGCACAAGCAUGCCAUGAGCAUCGCCGCCGUCGCUGCGGGUAUCGGGCCUGCCGGCAGCGGCACCAAUAGGCUCCAGGGUUGGCCCAACUCCCGGAUCAUUAGGGUUUCACGGUCCUCCGGUGGAAAGGACCGGCACAGCAAGGUCCUGACCUCGAAGGGCCUCAGGGACCGGAGGGUCCGCCUGUCCGUGGCCACUGCCAUCCAAUUUUAUGACAUCCAGGACCGGUUGGGCUAUGACCAGCCGAGCAAGGCGGUGGAGUGGCUUAUCAAGGCCGCAUCUGAGUCCAUUGCGGAGCUUCCUUCGCUCAAUGGCUCGUUCCCUGAAACGCCGCAGCAGUUCAGCGAUGAGAAGAGGGCUAGUGAUGGCGGCACGGAGCAGGAGCACGGGUUCAAUUCAGCUGAGGUUGAGCUGGACGGUGACUCAAAUUUCCAGCAACAGAACCAGAACCUCUCCUUGUCCAAAUCCGCUUGUAGCAGCAACUCCGAGAACAGCAAGGGUUCGGGUCUCUCUCUGUCCCAGUCGGAGCUCCGGGUUAAUCGCGUGCGGGCGCGUGAGAGAGCAAGGGAGAGGACUGCGAAGGAGAAGGAGACCAAUAAUCAAAACCUGAACCCAAUUUCUCAAAACUCUUCCUUCACUGAGCUCCUCGCUGGGGCUAUUAGCACUGGAAACAGCACCACCACCACCAACACCAAUACCACCACCGUUGCCGCCACCACCACAAGUAGUCCUUCUGGCAGCGGUGAGGCCAAUCUGUUCCACAAGGCGGCAGCGAGGCAGUGGAGCUCAAUGACUAUGGAGUACUUCACCAGUGGGCUAUUAGGUGCACAAUUCUCCAGGGGACAUCCUCACCACACGUCUGGUGGAUUUCCCGGGCAGAUUCAAAUGGGGAACAACACGAAUUCGCUGCCGCAAGCGAUGCAAGUUCCAGCCUUUACCAUCUCCACUGAAAGUGGUGGCGGGGGCAGCCACCACCAGGAGCUCCCGCAUUUCUCCUUCGUGCCUGACCACCUGAUCCCGGUGGCGGCAGCUGCUGGCACGUCACAGCCGGAAUACAAUCUGAACUUCAGCAUAUCUUCAAACUCUUCUUCUUCUGGCCUUGGCGGCUUCAAUAGGGGGACCCUUCAGUCCAAUUCAUCACCGUCUCUUUUGCCUCAUCACCUCCAGAGGUUCACUUCUCCCAUGGACGGUCCAAGCAUGCCAUUCCUGCUUGGCACGGCCAUGCCCGUCGCUGUUGAUACUAAUCACCACCACCACAGUGCCCAGUUCCAAUCUGGGAUCGAUGGCCGGUUGCAGCUCUGCUACAGCGACAGUACCCGACAUGCCGCGGCCACUGCCGCCAGCCACCACAAGGGCAAAACAAAGAACGGAUGAACUCCAUAAAGAUCCAGUCGUAUGCAAUCCAUCUUCUUACGGUUAAUGCAGUUGGAUGCAAUGGUAAAGAGAGUGAAGAUGUAGAUAUGGCGGCUACAAGCCACGAGCGGAUCGGAAUGCGACUUAUGUAUCUUGCAUCAUCUAUGAAUUUCUUGUUCGAGUAAUUUAUGUUUAGUUGCUUAUAUGUCAAUUUGGAAGUAAUUUCGGCUCGAGUCCGAGCAUUCGAUUUGUAUUAUCCCCACGUGCCAUUGUGUGCUUUCCUGGUUUUUCCCAGAGCGUGAAUUAAGAAUUUGAUUGUUGCUGUUC